AAUUAAAGAAUGCAACUAUAACUAUCAGAUAGUUUUGUGUGUUACGGAUAAAAAAAAUCUGAAUGUUUUAUUGAUGAUUUGACAACAUUUGAAUUUGAUACAACAUGUGAAGAAUUGCAAGCAAAUCAAAUUCAAAUUGAAAGUGUCGACAGACGUACGACAAUAAAUGUGACAUCGUACAAUCCCAGUCAAAAUUGUCUCUUAGAAGAGUAUUACAUGUUAAUUCGCGAUGAAGCCAGCAAUGCAAUUCAGUAUUCAAAACACUUACAACUGAUUAAUACUGUAUUGUCAUUGAACAUAUUUACCGAUUAUACAGUGCAAUUAACUAAAAACAACAAAAUAAUACAUAACAUCAUAUUUACAACAGACGAAUCGGUUCCAAACAAAGUUAGAAACAUAACAAUUAUUUCUUCAUCAUCUAGUGAUCUUAGUGUUAUCUGGGAAGCACCAACACCUGUUUUGGGGAUUAUUACCAAUUACCAUGUCACUUGGAUGUUUCUAGCCAAGAGAAGUUGUGAAAAUGAGAAUCAAAAUUUUAUUAUCCAAUCAAGAAAUGUGACAACCACAGCAAUUACAUUAGAUAAUCUUAAACCUUAUUCCAUUUAUAGUAUAACAGUAUCCGCAGUCACUAAGAAGGGUGAAGGUGAUAUUUAUAGUGUUUCAGGAAACACAGAUGCAACUGAAACCAAUCAAUUAAACACAUUUAAUAAUAAAAUUAUCACUUUCGAAACUUCUAUUCAAAUAGACUUAGUUGUUGAUUGUGAACAUUGGAGUGGCCCAAUCUAUCUCAAUACAUAUGCUAUUUGCAAGAGUGAAUGGUGCGAAGGAGAAGAGAUGAAUAGGACUAAACACCUGCAAUAUAAUGACUUAAUUACACUUGACAGUUUACUUCCAUAUACUAAUUACAAAUUAGUUCUUUAUCAAUCUCAUAAGAACGAGGAUAAAUUUGAUAAUAUUUAUAAAUUGUUGUCGACUAAUGUAAUGACACGAAGUACUGUUCCAAAUCAAGUUCCAUUUGCGGAAGUAUAUAGCUUAUCUGAAGCAAGUUUAUCAUUGAGAUGGAGUCCACCUUAUCCGCCUACUGGAAUACUAGAUUCUUUUAUAAUAAAAUGUCAUUACAUUUCAGGGGGUCAUAGUACGCAACAAACCGUUAAUAGUUUUUUGAAUCCAUGUAAAAUAUGGCCAAAUAUGUAUUGCACUACAUUAACUAAUCUUACCGCCAACCAAAACUACAUAAUUUCAAUUGCUGGCCGUAAUCAGGGCAACUCUAAUUAUGGAGUAGAAACAGUUUUGAACGAAACAACAUGGAUUAGAGCUCCGCAACCUCCACUGAAUUUGAUUGCUAAAUGGGACGAGUUUAGAAUUCUACAUUUGCAAUGGCAACAUCCCAAUAAAACAAAUGGACCCUUCUUUAGAUUUAAAAUUCGUGUUAAUAAUUACCAAUAUUCUUACCAAGAAUCUGAAAGUGCCACAUACACUUUUAAAACACAAUUUCAGUGUAAUCCUGAAAUCCAUCGAGCAAUUGUUUCUGUAGAAACACACAACUCAAAAUUCUGUUCUGCUUUUUUGACUCACCAAUUUAUUUGUCCUAUUUUUAAACCAUCACUACAAUUUAACCCCUCUGCUAUACAUAAUAGCAACAACUCCAUUACUAUUUCAAUACCGGCUAUUGAAUAUGAUGAAGCAAUAAGCAAUUUGUACAUUGUUCUACUUGUCAAUGAAUCGGAUAAUACUUGUACAGGUGAUUGUAGAGAAAAAAUAGGAAAUAAUCAUGAUUCACUUGUUCCGAUUAAAGAAAAUCAAACAUGUUGGAUCGUUGGGCAUUACGAUCAAAGAAAAUACAGAGAAAUUGAAAAAACCCACGUAAAUUUGAACUUAUCUCAAAUACCAAAUUUUAAUGGUACUGGAGAAUUGUUUGAAGUGGGUAUAGUGAUUAUCAAUGAGCUGGGUGACCAAAUAUCAUCUAAUUGGUAUCUCGUUGACCAAUGCAAAUGGGAAAAGAUGGAAUUCUCAAGUAUUCUAGUAAGUUUGCUGGUUUUAACAAUACUAGGAAUUAUUAUUACUAGUAGUAUAUUGGGUUUAUUGUUAUGGAGAAAGAACCGACGCAAAGAAAACGCAAACCAAUUCUGUAAGAAACGUGUGAAUGGAAUAUCCUUUCCUCUACUUUCCAUGGAAGAAGCAAAGAAAAGAGCGAAUUAUCAUUAGAUAAGGAAAAUUUUACGCAAGGAAGGAAAAAUAUUGCAGAGGCAUGUGGUACAUCUGCUGUGACCCGGAUAUCCCCGGUUGUAUCAAAUACCAAAAAUAUAACGCAGUCUUUCCGUAGUUUACAUAAAAUUUAUUAGAAUUUAAGCAAUUUAUUGGCCACUAGACUUCAGAUAACUAUAAUAAAGUGUCUAGAAGUGUCUAGUAUUGUAAUGAUGUGCGGGUAUAUUUUCCAAAUAAAUAUUUUAUCCUAA